CGUACAUGCAAAAUGUAAAUAUUCAAUCUAGAAGCGCUAUGCACGGAAAGCAUAGUCACUCAAGUCAAUGUUUGGCUAGAGUUUAGUAUAAGUUUAAACCUUUUUGUCGUCAGUUUGCGGAUUGUUCACAACGUUUCCAUAAUUUUAAUCCGACAGCUUAGACGGGAUAACAGAAGAUUGACCGAUUGGUAAACUUAUAUUAUAAAGGUAGGUUUAAAUAUUGUCAUUGCUUUUAAAUUUCAAAUGGUCUUUUAAGCUUUCGACUAUUACAAGUUACAAAAGGUCUUGUCUAAACGCUUUUGACAUUUGUGGAAUUAUAUGUAAUACUGAUAGCGGAACAUUCCCAAAUGGGGUCUGUUUAAGCACGUGCUUGGAUCAAACGCUUUCAAAUGGUCCUUGUUACUUAUAGCCUGCUCUGAACAUUUUUGACUGGUCAAAAUGAUUUUGUGAGGUAAUUAUAUGUAGCCCGUCAUUCGUGUACGAGACUGUGAUGAGAGCUUAACCGGUCCCCCGUAACAAUGCGUGUUGUUACGGGGAACCGGUUAAGCUCUAGUUUACCAAAGUAAAAGUUUGAUGAGUGUUCCAACUAUGUUUUAAAAGACCGCUCAUUAUUUAUUCUACAGGGGGGUAUUGAGGAGAAACUGGGGGGGGCGUUUAAAUUUUUUAAAACCUGAAAGGGGGGCUUUGAAAAAAUACAGAGAGACGAAAGAAGGGGGGCUUUGAAAAGAUUUACUAGUUUGAAAAAACGUUAGUAGUUUUAAAAAUGUAUCACAAAACAACAAACUACAAUGUUCAUAGACCUUUAAUAUAAAUAUUCAUAAAUGGAAGCCAAAUAAAUAGUCUCUUAUGUUCAUGUAAAUUGGUCCCCAUAGUAUUUAUUUUUGUUUCUCUAAAUAAAGAGCUAGGGGGGGGGGGCAUCCAAAAUUUAUGUUUUUGUUUUGCCUGUUGGAGGGGGCUUUGAAAAAUCUUCUUGCCUUACAGUCGUGCCAUUAGAAGCGUUCCGAAAAAUGUUGACCAGUUCAUUUCCUAACUUCGAGGAGUUCCUCUGAACAAUUCCUCAACAAUUUGAUAAGUUCCUUACAAAGUUCCUAACUUCUUGUUUCAUUGACCAAUCAGAUUGCUCAAAAAUAAAAUAUAAAAAUUGAUUGGUCAAUGAAACAGGCAGUUAGGAACUUUUUAAGGAACUUAUCAAAUUGUUGAGGAAUUGUUCAGAGGCACGACUGUAAGAGGGGGGCAAUUAAAAACAUUACAACUGUAGAGUUUCUCCUCAGUCCCCCCCCCUGUACAAUAAAUAAUGAACGGUCCCUAUAGCUAACUUGAAUAAAAUGCAUGAUAGUGUUGGGAUAGCAUUAUGAACAGCUAACCAAGUCAACACUCGCGCACUCUCGUCAUCGUUUAAUCCGGGCUUUAGUAUUUGGUGAGAACAAGGCAUCAGAGAUGGUGAGACAUUACGUGAUAGUUUUCUGCUCUCUCAGGCAGUUAUGUCGAGGGAAAUCAAGACCAAAUAUCACAUGAAGGCAGGCCAGGGUUAUGUUAAUAUACGUAAUACAUUAAUUAAUGUCAUUUCACAUCAGUCGCAUGUGAGAAGAGUAGCUUCCAGUUUGACAAACUUUUGACGUAGCCUAGUGGAUCCUUAUUGUAACACUGGAUCAAUAAGAGAUGAUCCUUACUGGACCUCUAGGGAGAACAGUUUAGAACUGAUAGAGCUAACCAGUAUAAAUAAAGUUAGUUUAGUUUAGGUUUCCUCCUGUAGUAACACUGGAUCAAUAAGAGAUGAUCCUUACUGGACCUCUAGGGACAACAGUUUAGAACUGAUAGAGCUAACCAGUAUAAAUAAAGUUAGUUUAGUCUAGGUUUCCUCCUGUAGUAACACUGGAUCAAUAAGAAAUUAUCCUUACUGAACCUCUAGGGAGAACAGUUUAGAAAUAAUAGAGUUAACAGAGCUAAGGAAAGUUGGAACUUUAUGGUUAUAACUUAAAACUAAUCUUUAUUAUUUAAUAUGGUUUCAGAAAAACCGCUCAAAGAUUCCUAAAUAAAUAAAUCCAAUCAUGGAUGACCAAAGUGUAAAGUCGAAAAAGAAAGUGACGUUUGGUAAAGCCAGAGUUCGUCUUGUGUUUAAUUACUACAACCAAGAAUUCGCACAAAGCGAGGACACAGAUGAGAAAACGUCAAGAAAAAUCGCCAAGAUGAAGCAACCACCGCCUCACCCACAAAAACAACCGAAAUCAAUUCUUAAACCAUCCACAAGAGCUGUCAGUGUAGAUAGUGGAUUGAACGCGUUACACAGAGUUCCUCAAAGAAAUUUUGAAAAAAUCGAUAAAAACUUUUGGGAACCGGCUAAGCAUAAGAGAAGUGGGAGAAGAAGACAAGCCUCUCUGAGCGACAGAGAAUUGGAAAACAGAGAAACAAAUAGUGAAAGCGAUUUGCUCAAAAACGAUGAUAAAAGUGUUGCCAAACAACAAAAUACUAACUUUAGUGAAGGCGAGAUGAAUGUGGCUUCCAAUGAGGAUGACAGUGCAAAAGAUGAGCCUUCAACGGAAAAGCCAGCAGCAGUUAAAAAUAAUGAAAAAUGGGAGGGAAUAACGGCAAGCUAUCCUCAUGGAUUGAAUACGACAUCUCAAACAUUUGUCGGAAUUUACAGCGGCGUUGAAGCGGACUGGGAUCAAAUUAGGCAGUCGCUGUCACGAAUUGGUGUUGAUGUUGGCGAACAUAGGCUUCAGGAUCCUAGGUAAUGUUGAAGUUUGGAAUAUUGUAUUGAUCCAGUGUUACUACAGGAGGAAACCUAAACUAAAGUGACUUUACUGAUAGAUCUAUUCAGUAUAAAUAAACUUAGUUUAGUUUAGUUUAGUUUAAGUCUCCUCCUGUAUAGUAACACUGGAUCAAUAAGAGAUAACCCUUACUGGACCUCUAGGGAGAACAGUUUAGAAACUGAUAAAGCUAUCCAGUAUAAAAAAGUUAGUUUAGGUAGGUUUUCUCCUGUAGUAACACUGGAUCAAUAAGCAAUGACUCUUGCUGCAUGGACCUCUAGGAAGAACAGUUUAGAACUGAUAGAGCUAUCAAGUACAAAUAAAGUUAGUAAAAUGGAAAUGACAGAGCUAUCUAGUAUACAUAAGUUAGUUUAGUUUAGGUUUCCUCCUGUAGUAACACUGGAUUAAUAAGGGACGAUCCUUACUGGACCUCUAGGAAGAACAGUUUAGAACUGAUAGAGCUAUCAUGUACAAAUAAAGUUAAUUUAGUUUAGUUUAGUUUAGUUUAGGUUUCCUCCUGUAGUAACACUGGAUCAAUAAGGGAUGAUCCUUACUGGACCUCUAGGGAGAACAGUUUAGAACUGAUAGAGCUAUCUAGUAUAAAUAAAGUUAGUUAAAAUUAGUUUUAACAUUUUCUAGGGACUUUGUUACAAUAAUGAACAUGCUGCUGAGUGCACAAAAAGAAAAAUCAGAUAACCAAACCGCGCGUGGAACCGAACAAGACAUCGUUGUUGUUGAUCGUCCCGCAGAGAAGCAAGAUUCAAACAACAAUGUUAGAAGAGUGAAAGAAAACACAAUACCAGAAAAUCCUGUUGUUGACCUAAAUGAAAAGGAUCCAGUUACUAAAGAGGAAUUAACGAGCGCUAAACUUGGCGCAAUACACAAAAACCAGAAACCAGCAAUUUCCAAGGAGGAAUGGAAGAAACGAAUUAAGAAGUUAAAAAUGAAGGGAUUAAUACCAAGAAAGAAAGAAAACUCUAGCAGAAAAGAGAGAAGUUACAGCGAAAGCAACUUGAAUGAUUUACCAAUGACAGAUUGUAAAGUUACGACCUACGAGCAACACUCUUCCUUCGACAGAUUUAGGAGUAAAAUGAAGAUGAACAGUUCUAACUCUUGUUCGAACAAUUCCAAAUUGGAAAAAGAGAGAAGAAGAGGAAGCACUAGUGAAUGUAGCUUGGAUUCUUUCAGUAGACUUGAAGUUGAGAAAACAGGGAAGAGAGAUGAUUGCAGUUCAGUGGAAUAUUUGAGCUGUGAUGAUGAAGGUGAAUGCUCGAGUACUAGCAUGGAUUCUAGCUCAACCACGCACAAGGAUAGCAGUGAUGCACACUUUUACAGUGAUAAUGACUUAGAUUUUCCAGGAAGAGUUUCACUAGAUGGUAGUUUAAGACGCGAUAGAUCGUUCUCGACUGGUCCGAAAGGAGGAAGCGGCCGAAUUGGGGAAGAUUUAAAACACAAGAAGGAGAGGCCGAAAGUUGUGAAGAGAGACUCGUGGGUUUUGACAAGAAAACAACAGAUGAAAGGCGAAUCCGAGAAAAGAUCCAAUCUGAAAGAAGAGAAUGUGAAAGAAGGGCGAAAAGUAAUAAGGGGGAAUGACAAAGGAGGAGGCAUUGAUUUAGAGAAACAAUUUAAAAUUCGUGGAACGAUUACCCAAAAAACUUCUUGUGUUAAUAACUCUGAAAGGCGAUGUGGAAAUAUUACCCAAACCGCGCGUGGAACCGAACAAGACAUCAUUGUUGUUGAUCGUCCCGCAGAGAUACAAGACUCAAACAACAAUGUUAGAAGAGUGAGAGAAGAAAACACAAUACCAGAGAAUCCUGUUGUUGAACUAAACGAAAGGGACCCAAUUACUAAAGAGGAAUUAACGAGCGCUAAACUUGGCGCAACACACAAAAACCAGAAACCAGCAAUUUCCAAGGAGGAAUGGAAGAAACGAAUGAAGAAGUUAAAAAUGAAGGGAUUAAUACCAAGAAAGAAAGAAAACUCUAGCAGAAAAGAGAGAAGUUACAGCGAAAGCAACUUGAAUGAUUUACCAAUGACAGAUUGUAAAGUUACGACCUACGAGCAACACUCUUCCUUCGACAGAUUUAGGAGUAAAAUGAAGAUGAACAGUUCUAACUCUAGUUCUAACAAUUCCAAAUUGGAAAAAGAGAGAAGAAGAGGUCGUAAGCGAAGCACUAGUGAAUGUAGCUUGGAUUCUUUCAGUAGACUUGAAGUUGAGAAAACAGGGAAGAGAGAUGAUUGCAGUUCAGUGGAAUAUUUGAGCUGUGAUGAUGAAGGUGAAUGCUCGAGUACUAGCAUGGAUUCUAGCUCAACCACGCACAAGGAUAGCAGUGAUGCACACUUUUACAGUGAUAAUGACUUAGAUUUUCCAGGAAGAGUUUCACUAGAUGGUAGUUUAAGACGCGAUAGAUCGUUCUCGACUGGUCCGAAAGGAGGAAGCGGUCGAAUUGGGGAAGAUUUAAAACACAAGAAGGAGAGGCCGAAAGUUGUGAAGAGAGACUCGUGGUUUUUGACAAGAAAACAACAGAUGAAAGGAGAAUCCGAGAAAAGAUCCAAUCUGAAAGAAGGAAAUGUGAAAGAUGAGCGAAAAGUAAUAGAGGGGAAUGACAAAGGAGGAGGCAUUGAUUUAGAGAAACAAUUUAAAAUUCGUGGAACGAUUACCCAAAGAAAAUCCUGUGACAAUGACUCUGAAAGGCGACGUGGAAAGAUUACCCAAAAGAAAUCCUCUGUAGAGGAAGCCUCGACGUCUGGUUCAGAGCUUGAGAACCGAAACAAAAGUUCAAAACAAAAGGCAGAAAGUGAAUCCAGUGCAGAAUUAGACGAAAGAUCAAACCCAAAAGAUGGACAAAACAGGAAGAACGAAAGUGGUAUUAACUCUGAAAGCCAACUAAAAAUGACCCAAAGAAAAACGUAUUCUGAUCAAGUAAAAGAAGAUUCUACGUCCGGUUCAGAGUUAGAUAAUGGAAACAAAAUUUUAAAAGCAAAAGAUCACAAGAAUGAACAAACGUUACUGGCGAUUUCAAGCCAAUCGGGGUCGGAAAAAGAAGAUUCGGGUCUUUCCACUUGUGCAAGUGUAGAAACUGUUGGCGUUCCGGGAAACGAACAAAGUUCCUCGAAUAUUGUUGAAAACACAAAUAAAGCUGAGCAUUUAGACGUGAACGACUCCGUCAAACAAAGUGAGACAAACAGGACUAUUGAAAACCAAGAAAACUUUAAAAUCACAAGUAAAAACGAAGAACACACAAAAAGAAAAAAAUCUAGGACUGAUUCCAUUGAUGGAAACAACUCGCACGAAAAUGAAUGUUUAGCGGAUAAAAAAUUUCUAAACGACUUAUGGUUUAUUGACGCUGAAACCAAAAGGAGCCUGCGAAGUGAGGAGUAUUUACAAAAAGCAAGGAAGAGAUAUGUUCAUAAACGAAACAGUUGCUUAGAGACAAAUCUCGCUCUUAGAGUAAUGGAAGCAAUUAGUAAGAAUCCUGCAGCCGGGAUUCUCCUGCCUUUCACUAAUUAGCUAUCUAAUUAGUUAUCUAAUGUAUAUGUUCUAAUUAGUCACCGUUUAGGCGGUUUUCCACUAGGCGAAAUUUUUCGACCGAAUCGAAAUUUUCUUUUGUCUUAUCAGAUGGAACUGAACAGAAAUCCUUUGAAUUUGAACAAUAGAAAUUCCGAUUCGGUCGAAAAAUUUCGCCUAGUGGAAAACCGCCGUAAUGCAUGGAAUUUAGCUCUUAAAGUUAUAGGAGUAAUUAGUACGAAUCCUGCAGCCGGGACAUUCCUGCCUUUCUCUAAGUAACUGUCUAAUUAGGAACCUAAUUAAGCAUUUCUAAUUAGCUGUAAUUAAGAGAACCUUGUACAGAUUGGAUGCUAUAUACAUUUAUGUUACUUAACUUUAUUAGAAUGCACAAAUUUAGAAUACACAAGUUAGAUUGAAAUAGAUACUGCAUGUAUUUAUGUGUGUACGAUAUGUUAAAAAAUAUCUCUUCACCUAAAAGACUCGUAAGUUGCUUAAUAUUCUCUUUGCUUCGCUUCACUCGCU